CUCUCUCGAUCUCUCGAUCUCGCUAGAUUUCCUAGUCAGGUCUCUGCUUCUGCACUGUGUCUCUUCCCUCUGGACUUUCGCUGAUCUCACUCACUUUCGAGCUUUCGGCCAGCCAAAACCCCAAAAGCAGAGAGAUGGCGACCACCUUUUCUCUCUCCUCUCCGAACGCGCUCCCUCUCUUCCACCACAUCGACAAGGAGCCGCCACUUCUCUCUCCAAGACCUCCGCUCGGCGUCGUCGGCAGCCGCUUCUCGCCGUCUCUCCCUCCCCGCGCGAGCUCCUUCGCUUACAACCCUCUCAGAUAUUCGGUCGAGGGCCAGAGGAUGGCUUUGACCAAGAGGAAGACGAAGAGGAGUGGAGGCGUUGGUGCUGUUUGCUUCGCCGCGCCGCUCACUGUCCGUAAUCUCCAGUGGAUCUCCACAAUCUCUUCCGCGGUACUGAUGCUUGCGAAGGGGACUCCUGUUCAGAAGUCCUUUCUUGUUCCAUUGUUUGCUCUGCAAGCACCAUCCAGCGUCAUUUCAUGGGUGAAGGGUGAGUAUGGCAUGUGGGCUGCCUUCCUGGCACUUCUUGUCCGUCUUUUCUAUUACAUUCCAGGUGAACUUGAGUUGCCAUUUAUGGCAUUGCUACUGGCAAUUGUGGCUCCUCAGCAAGUAAUGAACUUGAGGGAAACGCAAGAAGGUGCUAUAAUCGCAGUGUUAAUAGCAGCGUAUCUGGGGUUUCAGCACUUCUCCCGCACCGGCUUUCAAAAAUCAUUCGAGCAAGGUUCCAUUGUCGCCACCAUAGCCAUCGUUUGCAUCACGGUUGCCUCGCUUUUGUUCCUAAUCUGAAUCUCGUGGAAAAGGUUAUGAAUAGAUGUGCCGUGUGUUGUGCCGUGUAGAUAGUAGAAUCAUCGUCGGUCUAUGUCCUGGGAGUUGUUCCGUACAAUCAGGGACAGUAUAGUGUUCUAAGAUAGGUUGAGUGGUAUACAGAAG